AUGCCCGUAGUGAACUCAGGCAAGGUGCUCGUCACCGGUGCAAAUGGCUACAUCGCCAUGUGGGUGGUGCACACCCUCCUCGAGCAGGGGUACACUGUUCGAGGCACAGUGCGCUCGGAAAGCAAGGCGAAGCACCUCAGCAAGGUGUUCGCAAGCUACAGCGAGAAGCUUGAAAUCGUUGUCGUACCUGACAUUACCAAGGAAGGAGCAUUCGACGAAUAUGUAAAGGACGUCGAUGCGAUCGAACACACCGCUUCGCCUUUCCACUUCAAAGCUGGCGAGCCCGAUGAGCUCAUCAUCCCUGCCGUGCACGGCACGACCCGUGUGCUCGAGUCUGCGCUCGCGCACGGCACUCGCGUCAAGCGCAUUGUCGUGACGUCCUCAUGUGCGUCCGUGAUGCAGGUGCAGGACACGCCGCGCAAGUUCUCCGAGGAGGACUGGAACGACGCCGCGAUCGCAGAGGUGCGCGAGAAGGGGCGCGCCGCGUCGCAGCCGGCCAAGUACCGUGCGAGCAAGACGCUCGCCGAGCGUGCUGCAUGGGACUUUGUUGCGAAGAACAAGGAAAAGCUGACUUGGGAGCUCGUCGUCCUGAACCCGCCCUAUGUGUUCGGGCCUGCGAUCCACGAGGUUGGCGCGCCCGAAUCGCUGAACGAGAGUAUGCACGACUGGUUCCACAGUGUGCUCAAGGGCUCGAAGGAUCCCAAACAGCUGUCGACCAUUGGAUCAUGCUGGAUCGAUGUACGCGACCUAGCAGAAGCCCACGUCCUUGCAAUCAAGAAGGAAGAGGCUGGAUCCAACCGUAUCAUCAUCUCGGAAGGGCCUUGGAAGUGGCAGGACUGGAUUGUCGCGGCGCGUGAAGCAGGCGUCAGCCCUCCGGUUAGCGACGACUCCUAUGAGCCAUCGAAGGCCGUUCACCACAUCCUGUAUGACACGACCAAAGCUGCGAAGCUGCUUGGUCUGAAGUACCGCUCGAUCAAGGAAAGCACACGAGACUCGAUCGAGGACUUCAAGGCCAGAGGCUGGCUCUGA